UCCAGUUCUUCCACGUCCAUUGUUCAGCCAUGUGAGCGCCAUCGAGCUCUGUGGCUGGAUCGAAUCAAAAAUGGCGGCAAUGUCGAUGCAGGGCUACACGCAGCCACAGGUUAAUUCAUUAUUUACGAAUUUACGAGCCGCAAGCGCAGAUCGGAAUCAGAGAAACGAUGGAAGGAAGGAAGGAAGAAAGACAAUCUAUAAUAUUAUAGUAUUGAAUAGUAGUUCAUGGCACAUGUUGAAGAAGCAAACAACAUGGAAGAUCCUGGGAUAUUUACAUUAAAGAUGAUCUCCUCUCUCUACUUCUCUUCCACCGCCAACUUUCCUGGAUCUUUCGUCUUCACUGGCUCUUCAUUCUCUCGAGAUUUUUUUUUUAUUUUGUAUCGCUAGCAAGUUAUUUGGUUUUGGUUUACUUUUUGCGAAGCUUUCUUCCAGGUGAGUGAUAAUGGAGUUCCAAGAAGGAAGGUCACUGGCCGAGACGCCGACCUACUCGGUUGCUUCUGUGGUUACUGUCAUGGUCUUCGUCUGCUUUGUGGUGGAGCGGGCAAUCUAUAGAUUUGGAAAGUGGUUGAAGAAGACAAAGAGAAAGGCUCUGUUUGCUUCUCUGGAGAAGAUCAAGGAAGAGCUGAUGCUGCUUGGACUUAUAUCUUUGAUGCUGGCACAAUGUGCAAGGUGGAUCUCCGAAAUUUGUGUGAACUCAUCCCUUUUCACCAGUAGAUUCUACAUUUGUUCGGAAGAAGAUUAUGCCACCAAUGAACACGUUAUGGUUGAAAGUUCUCUUUUAUCUUCUAAUGAAAUUGGCAUUCGGCGAAGAGGAUUAAGUGCUCUCCCUCAUCAAUGUGGCGAGGGUCGCGAGCCUUUUGUUUCAUAUGAGGGACUCGAACAACUCCAUCGCUUCUUAUUCGUUCUUGGGAUCACUCAUGUUCUUUAUAGUUGUCUGGCAGUUGGUCUGGCGAUGAGUAAGAUUUACAGUUGGAAGAAAUGGGAAAAUCAAAUUAGAUUAUCUGCUGAAGAAAAUUGGCCAGCUAAAAAAUAUAAGGUGAUGAGGCGGCAAACGACAUUUGUAUUCCAUCACACAUCUCAUCCAUGGAGCAGGAAUCCUAUUCUCAUAUGGAUGCUUUGUUUUCUACGUCAGUUCAAGAGUUCGAUAAGGAAAUCAGACUACUUGGCCCUCCGCUUGGGAUUCAUUACAAAGCACAAACUACCAAUUUCUUAUGACUUCCACAAGUACAUGGUUCGGAGCAUGGAAGACGAGUUCCAUGGAAUCCUUGGAAUUAGCUACCCACUAUGGGGCUACGCCAUUCUUUGCAUCUUUGUUAACAUUCACGGUUUAAAUAUCUACUUUUGGCUUUCUUUCAUUCCGGCUGCUCUUGUUAUGCUGGUUGGGACAAAACUUCAACAUGUAGUCUCCUCUUUGGCACUUGAAAUUCUGGCACAAACAGGUCCAGCAGCAAUUGGGACUCAAAUAAAGCCAAGAGAUGAUCUGUUUUGGUUUGGAAAGCCUGAGAUAUUACUACGGUUAAUACAAUUCAUCAUUUUUCAGAACGCAUUUGAGAUGGCGACAUUUAUCUGGUCUUUGUGGGGAUUUAAGGAGAGAUCUUGCUUCAUGAAGAACGACUUUAUGAUAAUCACGCGGUUGACUUCUGGUGUUCUUGUUCAGUUUUGGUGCAGCUACAGCACAGUGCCACUUAAUGUAAUUGUUACGCAGAUGGGAUCCAAGUGUAAGAAAGCAUUGGUGGCUGAGAGUGUGAGAGAGUCACUGCAUAGUUGGUGCAAGAGAGUAAAGGAGAGGUCCAAACGUGACUCUGUACACUCUGUCACUACAAGAUCAAUAUGUUCACUUGAAUCAUUGGUUGAUGAGCGAGAUGAAAUAACCGUUGCGUCGGGUACGUUGUCAAGGAGCACAUCUUUCGACACUUUGAAUCAGGUGACGAUACAAUCUUCUACACAACUGGAGGCCAUUAUUGAGUCUUCAAGCUUACGGAUGCAUGAACUUCCCCCCAAUAUGGCGGAUUAUCUAUCACAAUCUGCAAGUGUUUCUCAUGCUCCUGCGAAUGACCAUGAAAAUAAUGCAGAAGGUGGAGAAGAUAGCAAGGUUGAUUCACUUUUCGACUUGUUCCAAAGGACAUGAACACAUUUGACUCGAAUGAUUCGAUGCUAGAAGGGUCCCAAAUGACUGAUGAACAAGCACAAAUAAGUUGAAACCCCACAUACAACACCUAGCUUUAAUGAUACACUUGAAUCAUUACGCUAAAAACACCAUCAUUUGCUGCCCUU